AACAACAACAACAAGAAGAGAGAGAGACGGAGUAGAAGGCUGUGAACAAACGAAAGACGCGCAUUCUUCUUCUUCUUCUUCAUCGGUGGUGGCCGAUUGCUGUCGGAGGUGGGAGAUAUGGUUUUGGGUCCGUUUAAAGGGGGCCGCGACGGCAAGACGGUCGCAAUCGUCGCGGCGCGAACCCCGACGACGUUCGAAAUUCGCACGGAUCUGUUUACCGUAGAGAACCGGAAGAUGUCGGACGGCGUCCAACACCACCAACAGCGAUCAGCUGACUUGGACGCGCAGGCAGUCACCAACUUCAGGGAAUAUUUACGCAUUCCAAGCGUCCAUCCGGACAUCAACUACGAUGAUUGCGUCAAGUUCCUCAAAGGACAGGCGAGCGGAUUGGGUCUACCUUACAAGGUGCACUACACGACACCGACCAAACCUGUGUUCAUCAUAACAUGGGAGGGUACAGAACCGAACGCUCCGAGCGUGAUGUUGAACAGCCACAUGGACGUGGUGCCCGUCUUCGAGGAGAACUGGACGCACAAACCGUUCGGCGCAGAGAUGGACGCGGAUGGUAAGAUUUACGCCCGCGGCGCCCAGGACAUGAAGUGCGUCGGCAUCCAAUACCUGGAGGCUAUCCGUCGCCUGAAGGCCAGCGGAUUGCGCCUGAAGAGGACCCUGCACUGCAGCUUCGUGCCCGACGAGGAGAUCGGCGGCAGCGAAGGUAUGUUCGAGUUCGUGAAGACGGACUUCUUCAAGUCGCUGAACGUCGGGUUCGCUUUGGACGAGGGCAUGGCCAACGACAAGGACGACUUCCUGCUGUACUACGGCGAGAGGUGCAUCUGGCACAUCAACUUCCGUUGUCCCGGUCAACCGGGUCACGGAUCUCUGCUGCUGGAAAACACCGCCGCCGAGAAGGUGCGCGUCAUCCUCGACAAGAUCUUCGACUUCCGCGAGAAGGAGAAGCAGAAGUUGGAGAACAACCCGGAGAUGACCAUCGGCGAUGUAAUGACUGUGAAUGUUACCAUGCUGCAGGGCGGAGUGCAGUCCAACGUGCUUCCACCAGAGUUUUCUGUGAUGAUGGACUGUCGUAUUCCUGUUACCGUUGACAAUGACAAGUGGUUCGAAACUUUGAACCAGUGGUGCAAGGAAGCUGGCAAGGAUGUCGUGAUGGAGAAGGAGCAGUUCGAUCCGUUCAUCCCACCCACCAAAUUGGACGAGUCCAACAAGUAUUGGCUGGCUUUCAAGAGCGCCACCGACAAACUUGGGUUGAAGAUGACGCCGCGCAUCUUCCCGGGAGGAACGGACAGCCGUUACCUGAGGCAACUCGGGAUUCCCGCCCUCGGCUUCUCGCCCAUCAACAACACGCCCGUUCUGUUGCACGACGACGACGAGUACUUGGGUCGCGACGUCUUCCUCAAGGGCAUAGAGAUCUACUGCAAGCUCAUCCCGGCCGUAGCCAACGUCGCUAGCGCCUAGAUUACGACGAACGCAAAGAUUAUGAAAAUACGAAAUCAAAAAAAAUGUUAACGAUACAUACAUACAUAUAUACUGUAUAGAGUUGCGCAAUUUUAUACAAAUUUUAUUACUA